AUGGGAUUUGCAGAGGAUCGUGUUCGAAGUGGUGUAGAAAAGUUGAAAAAGUAUAAAGAUAAUGGUAUUCAAACUAGAAUCGAUACAUUCUUUCAAGUUGUAAAAAGACCAAGAGAAGAAGAAGAAGCUGCUGCUAAACUUAAAAAACAAAAACCUGGUCAAUCAAAAGCAAAAGCCAAACCUGGUGCUAAAAAGGCUCCAGCUAAAAAGGCUGCAACAACUAAAAAAUAG